AUGGCGAAGAUCCGGGUGUCGUACGAGUACUCCGAGGCCGAGGACAAGAGCAUCAGACUGGGCUUGUUCCUGAUCGCCUGCGGGAUCCUCAGCCUCUUCAUCCUGGGCUUCUGCUGGCUCAGCCCGACCCUGCAGAGCCUCCAGAGCAAGCCGGCCAACUGCACGGUGGUGUCGGUGCUGCGUCCAGAGGAGAUGUUCGAGUGUGUGUUUACAUGCGGCGCCGACUGUAAGGGGACGUCCCUCUAUCCCUGUCUGCAGAUCUUCGUCAACAACUCGGAGUCAAACUCUGUGGCUCUGCUGCACUUUGACGAGCAGCAGCUGGUUCUCAACCCAAAGUGCUCGUACGUCCCUCCCUGCGAGAGAGACAACCAGAAAAACAGGGACAGCGUGUUGUGGUGGGAGGACUACUUCACCAACGAGGUCAGCGGCCAGUCCUUCACCUGCUUUUUCAACCAGCAGAGGAGGCCCGACGACGUGCUGUGGCGCCGCUCCCACGACGCCAGCGUCCUGCUGCACUGCGUCCUGUGGCCCAUGGUGUCGCUGCUGCUGGGCACGCUCAUCGUGCUGCUGACGGUGUGCGCCCGCUCCCUGGCCGUGCGAGCCGAGGCGCUGCAGAAGAGGAAAUGCUCCUACGAAGCGUGCCAGGACCUGCCGGAGCGCCGCGGGGCCGCGGCCGCGGAGCCGCUGCCCGCGAACUCUGACCCCGAGCUGUCCUCGCCGUCCAGGACCCUGCCGCUGUUUGCGGUCCCGGUGCGGCGCCGCGAUCGAGAACACUGAGGAGAUCCACGCGAUGCCUCCAGGUUCACAGACAUUAGCGGCUUCCUCUGGUUUACCCUGAACACACGAUCACGAUGGACGACUCUCGGACGCCAGUUGAAUCUGGCAAAUAAUGACACUCGUGCUGUGAUAGACCGCACGCCGGCAGGAAGAACGAGACGAAGAACCGUAGCUCCUCUGUUGAUGUAGUCCAGCCUCCCAGUAGCCAUACAUGUUUCUACAUGGAGCCAAAGUCCUGACGUCAUCAGCUUGUGUCAAUCAGCGUCUUUGGCUGAGAAUCAUUCGUCAUCAGCAGCUUUGUUUGUUUACUUCCAGGAAACAACGUCAUUUUUCCUGCUGCUUCCUCCUACAUUCAUGACGGCCUCGUCCAGUCAGACGACACAUGUGGCUCCAGCGUCUCUGAGGAACGUCUGCUGUGGAGCAGAUGCUGAUGCUGACGUCACGGCAGCAACACGCCGGUCCUGCAGACGCGUAGCAUUGAUUUCACCGAACCACACUCUGCUUUAUUCUGUAAGAGAGAUGCUGAGGAUGGAAACGUAAGGUUCCAGCGGAGGAGCUGCAGAAUAAACACAGACGUUGCCUCACAGCACAGCUUCAUGUCUCAGCAACAGGCCAAACGCCGCCUUCUGCAGAAUCCAGGACAAAAUCUAGACCAUGUGGGUAAAGUAGGGUGACCUGACGGACCCCUGGGGUGAGCAUGGUCCUCAGCUCCAGUCAGAUCCAUCAGAUCAGUGACCAAAGUCAAACUUCUGACAGACAUUAGUGACGAGGGACGAACAGCUGGUCCCAGAAUGAAAUUUCAGCUUUAGAGGAUCAUUUAAAAAGGCGACGGGUCACUGAACGCUCAUCCCGUUGUCUGAGCUUCAUCUGUGCCAGAGUUAUAUGAGUGCUGAUUCAUAACAUACACAUGCUAAAACUGAGCUUCUUCACGUCUGCCUGAGGAGCUGCAGGUCAUGUGACCGUGUCAGAGGGAGUUUUCAUCUUCACUCUCCUCCAUCACCUUUUCAACAUGCUAUAAUCUAAAAAUGACCUGGCGUGAAACUACACGUUGCUUAGCAACAGCCACAGACCAGGAGGCGUCGCUGGCGCUGACGGUGUUCUGUAAACACGUCUCCUCCUCCAUGCGUUGGCUGGAGCCACGGUCCUGAGGAUCAGCGUUUGGACCCAUGUGUGAAGCAGUCGACUGGUUCCUUCUCCUCAUGAAUGUAGAAAGAGCAGGUCAGACGUAGCUUCAUGAAAGAACUGGACAAACUACAGAAUUCUUCCCUGAAUCUGACCUCGUGCCUUUUUCAUUUUCCUUUUUAUUUUUACUUCACAUUUUCUUUCUCCCUCUGUGUGAGUGGAGCCUCUCAUGGUCCGUCGUCUCCAACGAAGCCGUAGCUUCACCGUAGCCUUGUGUGUUUACUGCUCAGUGACGUCGUUGUGUUUCUGUUCCAGAUGUUAGAUCUUUUAUCUGAAGCCAUAUACUGAGCUGUGACUGCUGUAGCAACUGAACUGUAUUUAGCUUCUUCAUGGGAACAGAGCGUUUGCUUUUACUCCUACUCGUGUGUCUUGGUUCCUUCUUGUGUAAUAACAGUAAGAUGCCUCCGGUCUUCAUCUACUGUAGCAUCUGCGUCACGCUCAUACUUCUGUACCUUGUCCUCUUUUAAUGAUACCCAUGACUCUAGUGCCUGAUAGACUUGAUCUUUAAAUAAAACACUUUUUCUCUUCAAA